GGGUGGGGGCGUGCUGGGGGAGGAGCAGUCUCCGGCCUGGCUGGGUGAGGAUGCUCAGGAGCUUCGGAUCUGCCUCCUGCCCUAACUGAGGUACCGGCCAUGUCCCUGGCCCCCCCGAACAGUAACGAUGCCUGUCUGAGUAUUGUGCACAGCCUGAUGUGCCACCGGCAGGGGGGGGAGAACGAGGGCUUUGCCAAGAGGGCCAUCGAGAGUCUGGUGAAGAAGCUGAAGGAGAAGAAAGAUGAGCUGGACUCGCUCAUCACAGCCAUCACCACCAACGGGGUGCACCCCAGCAAGUGUGUCACCAUCCAACGCACGCUGGACGGGAGGCUGCAGGUGGCGGGCAGGAAAGGCUUCCCUCACGUUAUUUACGCCCGGCUGUGGCGCUGGCCGGACCUGCACAAGAACGAGCUGAAACACGUCAAGUUCUGUCAGUUUGCAUUCGACCUGAAGUACGACAGCGUGUGCGUCAACCCCUAUCACUACGAGCGCGUGGUGUCCCCCGGCAUCGGGCUGACCAUCCCGAGCUCUGGUGAGUUGUGCCCCAGGCUGGGGCAGGCAUGUCCCACCGACUCCAGCUGUACCCCCUCUCGCCCCGCGCCCUCCGCUAGUACCCCGUGCCGCUCCAUCAAGGAAGAAUAUACCCCCGAGUGCGAGAUGGAUGCCGCCUCCUGCCUCCCGUCGUCCCAGGACCUCCCGCCACCCAUCAAACGGGCUCCGCUACCGGCCAUGCCCUCUAUAGAGUCCUACAGACAGCCGCUGCCAAUGCCCAAGAGCCCACAGACUGCCAUCGGCAUGUACCCCAACAUGCCCCACUCGCCUGCAGUGGCUCCCGGUUGCCCUCUUGUCCCGCUCACACAUGGUGAUGGACUCCAAGUUGCCCCCACCCACCAGCAGAUGAUGUCCACAUCACCCCCUUCCACUCCAGUCCAGAACUCGCAGCAGAACGGGUACCCGUCUCCUCCAAAACAGCCAUUCCACACCUCUUGGACAGGAAGCAGCACCGCGUCAUAUUCCCCCAACCCACCGCAGCAGAACACCAGGGGCAACCAACAGCCGCCCCUCCACCAUGCCAACCAGUACUGGCCGCUCCAUCAGAGCCCCCAGCCGUACCAGCACCCAGUCUCCAACCACCCAGGCCCUGAGUUCUGGUGCUCCGUUGCCUACUUCGAGAUGGAUGUCCAAGUGGGAGAAAUAUUUAAAGUCCCCGCGAACUGCCCUGUGGUCACGGUGGACGGUUACGUGGACCCCUCCGGAGGCGACCGGUUUUGCCUGGGUCAGCUUUCAAACGUCCAUCGCACCGACACGAGCGAGCGAGCGAGGUUGCACAUUGGUAAAGGGGUACAGCUGGAGUGCCGGGGUGAGGGGGACGUCUGGAUGAGAUGUCUGAGCGACCACGCGGUGUUUGUUCAGAGUUAUUACCUGGACAGAGAAGCCGGACGGGCCCCGGGGGACGCCGUUCAUAAAAUAUACCCUGGAGCUUAUAUAAAGGUGUUUGACCUACGGCAAUGCCACCGCCAGAUGCAGCAGCAAGCAGCCACGGCACAGGCGGCAGCAGCUGCGCAGGCGGCAGCGGUGGCCGGAACCAUCCCUGGCCCGGGCUCCGUCGGAGGAAUUGCACCUGCUGUCAGUCUGUCAGCUGCUGCGGGUAUCGGCGUGGAUGAUCUGCGGCGCCUCUGCAUCCUGCGACUGAGUUUUGUCAAAGGCUGGGGUCCCGACUACCCGAGGCAAAGUAUCAAGCAGACCCCGUGCUGGAUCGAGGUCCACCUGCACCGCGCCCUACAGCUCCUGGACGAGGUGCUCCACACGCUGCCCAUGGCAGACCCCAAUUCCGUGAACUAGAACUGCCUCCUACAAGGGCAUAGCCAGCCGGUUCUCUAACAACUAUAAUAGAGAUGCAGGUAGAAACAGAGCUGCCCACCCACCUUACAAGACCCCGCAAACCAGAGGCGGGUCUGGACCAUAUCAUUAUUCAUCGUAGCAGGGAACUCAUCUGCUGCCUACCGCAGACGCCACGAGAUCGCCUCCACCGAGAGUCCAUCCCCGGUGCUGCUGG